AUGUCGGCGCCUUCUAACUCGACGUGCAGCACAGUGAGGUCUUCUGCCUCAGUCGCAGUUGGGAAGUCAAACAGACGCAAUUAUCCUCGGGAGAUGAUCCGACUGCGCCCCGGCCACUACCGCCGUUACGCGGCCGGCAAUCGGUUUGCUCUGUACGACGUUUUGUUCGCCUGUACAAUGUGCCAUCGUCCACCGCCUUACCGCAUCAUUGAUCCGUGGCCUUCAGACCGGCCAUGCACGAGUCGAAAAGCGAAGAAGCAUUCCUUCAAGAAGAGCGCUCCCGUGAACACGUCUGCUCUGCGUCACGCCACGUCGAAUCGAUACUUUCCUCCUGCAGGCUCUCCACAGGUUGCCACGCCACCCCGGGAUGUCUACGAGCCGUCGACGGAACCGACGCCCGCGCCCGAGUCCCAGCCGACUCUGUCUGUUGUGGAACCCGAACCUGAAGGCCCCGUCCCCACACACGAGGGCCCCGUGAAACGGAGCAAAUGGUCAAUAAAGGCCCGAAAGACGCUCAGAAGCAAAGUGCUUGGUGCUGAGCCUGCGGCGUCUGAGGCCAACAGACUCCCUGCGCCCGCAACCGACACGCACAGUCGAACUCGGGCGUCAAGGAUUCUUUCGCUGUCUCUCUUCGGCUCAGAAGUAGCAAAGAGAACAGGGACUCUGCCGGCGGAUCGGGCGCCGGAGGCCCAGCCUGCACCCGCCGAAACGAUUCCCCGAGAACCGCCGAAGCUCUCGCCUCCUGGCGAGACGCGAGGACCGCCGACGAUCCGACACACUGUGUCUCGCAAGCAGUCUGAGAAACUUGGGGAACCCGCGCAGAAAAUUGUUGUCUCUGUCGGGACGUUCAAGGGAACGUACAAGGGAGAACUUGACGGUCAAACCCAGGUCUUCCUUCUGUGUGGCACGACGGAAGACAAUCUGGAGGAGCUCCUCAACCACACUCGCAACAAGUCACCCCUCACUGCGUUCACCGUUCCGCCCUCCGGCUGCUUCGCCGUCGACUUCAAACACGAGUUUGUCCUUCCGCUCGGCGACUCUCCUCCUCCUGGGUUGCGCAUCAGCGUUGUGUGCACGCGAGAGACGACUCGUGUGGAUGAGGACGGAAAGAAGCGGUUUAGUUGGAGGCUCAACGACGUAGGAAGCAUCGUGUCUCCAUUUCGAGAUAUGACAUCAUCGCAGACGGUCGACUGGGACGUGUACCCCGUGAAGUUGAACAAACAGUCAGGCUUUGAAGCGGAAAACGUUGUGUUGGACGCCAAGUUUGUCCUCUGUCCCGACUCCACUGGCCCGCCAGUUCCCCCGGAUGAAAUUGAACCUUUCAAGCCUCCGACGCCGCCAAAGGCGAAACUGCAAAAGGAGGCGAAGCACAACGCAGCGGCACCAGUGGACAUUCCUCGGCUCGCCCUGUUCGAGUCCGACGCGGCGCGUGGGGUGAAGGACUGCCGGUUAUCUACAAACCAGUCUGGGCAGAACGGCUUUCAGGAAUUGUCAUCUCGUCUGUCCUCUGCCUCGAAGGACGUACUCUCGCGCCGGUCGUCGUCAGUCCUUGAGAGGCUGGAGCGCGCGUUGAGGGAACACUCCGCGAGGAAUGAAAGACUCAUCAACAAGUUUCUGGACGAGUACCGGAGACGCGAGGAGAGAGAUUCGAGACACGACAGGAAGCGCGAAGAUGACUUCGGCCACAUGCGUGCGCCGGGGCAUCCGGGGAACCCCGAUGGCAGCGUCUCGUCGUCACUGCCUCACUAUGCGCAGAAACACUGCUAUCCGGAUGGCGAAGGCGCCUUCAGUGGAAAGAACGGCGCGAGUGUGUCACGUCUGAGCCGCGUUGUGUCUGACCACGGGAAAAGUGAACGGGACGUCUGUCGCCGUCAGGAGAAACUCGCGCUGGGUUCCUCCGCUCCGGUCUCCGGUGAUGAAACGUUCCGACUCACGAGGUCUCCGUCCCUGGUGUCGAAGCUGGAUUUCUCAGAGGACACCGCGUCAGAAAGCGCGCCUCUGUCUCGGUCGCUCCACCCGUCAUUUCGGUCGGACACGAGGCAAAGUGGAACAUCCCGUGUCGCGAAAAAGGGACACAUAGAUGACCGGAGCGAGGCGUGCGCGAACCCCACAUCGACGAAGAACACCAGCGCUCUUCAGAGAAGCGUGCGAAGCGACAGUCGACAGAGCGUCUCGCAUGGCUCGUCGGAAGCAAUUGCAGGGCGGCUCUCCAAACACCGCGGCUCAGCGAGUCGAGAGACACUCGAGGAUGUUCGGAGUUUCCCUGAAGCCGGUCGCUCCGGGGUGUUCGGAGCGAGGGGUUUGCACGCCCUUGCCACGGAGUCGCGGUCACCGAGUCUCUCGAUUUCCCCGGCGUCGACGAGCCGGUCGAACGAGCCUUCCGUCUCCUCCAGGGGAGGAACUUUCACGGGAGGCCUCUCCCAAAGUGACCGAGGACUCGCAGGCCGUGCGCCGACGGUCAAGGGAAUGCGUAGGUUUCCUCCUCCGAAGAAAGGUGGAAGUGGAUCCUGGUGUGGCAGUGAAACGUCGGCCAGUGAAGUGGAGUCGACGUUUCGGUCCCGCAGAAGUGAGGAUUUUACUGCCUCGCGGAUUUCUCCGCAUGCAGUCAAAUAUUUCUAA